UCUGUUCAUCUUCUUUUAUUUUAAUCAAGAAACAGAAUAGAAUCAAAAUCUUGCACAAAAAGAAGAAAAAAGAGUCAUGGAGCUGGAAUUAGGACUCAAGAUUACACAUACAAGAGAUGAUAUUACUUCAACAGCCGAUCUUCGGAUUAGCAAAGAUCCUUUUGGUCCUGUUUUCUUGUCUAGAGAAACUGACCAAAUGUUCAUCCUCAUUGCUCAUCUCAAAGGUUUCAGAAGAGAGAAUAUCUUCAUUGAGAUAAAUAAGGAUGGGAAUCAGAUAGCAAUAAGUGGGGAGAAACCUGUUCAGGAGAUGGUGAUGAUAGGGUGGAUUAUGUGCAAGAAGGAGGUUGAGAUAAAGGCUUUUCGAAAGGUUUUUCGGAUACCUGAUGUUGUCAAUUUGGAACGAAUCAAAGCAAAGUAUAAUGAAGAAGAAUCAACAUUGAGAAUUAUCAUGAAAAAGAAGGUUAAAGGAAUCUGUGGUGUUGGGAUUGAGGAAGAGAAGGAAGAAGAAGGAGAGCGUAAGGUGAUUAAACAAAAGGUACCAAAGGAAGAGGUAGUUGAAAAAAAGGAAGAUGAAGAGGUACCAAAGGUAGAGCUGGUUGAUAAGAAGCAACCUGAAGAGGAACCAAGAGUUAAGUAUGUCAAAAAGAAGGAACCUGAAAAGGUACCAAAAGUAGAAUUGGUUGAAAAGAAGGAACCUGAAGACGUACCAAAGGUAGAGAUAGUUGAGGAAAAGAUUCAAAGCGCUGAAGAAACUGAUCAAUGGCAAGUUGAAGCACGUGAAGAGGUUGAACAAGAAAAUCGUAUUGAGGCAGAAACAGGAGAACCUGAGGUAGAGCAAGAGGAAGAAAUUGAAAAGAAGAUUGAGAAAGAAGAACCAGGGGCAGUGGAAAAUGUAAUUUAUGAAGAGCCUGAAAGAAUUGAAGAGGUGAUGCAAAAAGAACCCGAAGCACCUGAGAUUGAAACAAUGGAGGAACCUGAUCAGGUGUUGGAAGCGCCGAAAAAGAUCCCAGAAGAAAAGGUUGCAGCUCCUGCUGCUCCACCAACAUUUCCAGAACCAGAGAUAAUGGAGUCUGAGGUAGUUGAAUCACAGAUGACAGAGAUUCCAUCAAUCAAAGAACUAGAUGAAAAAGAACCUUCUGAUGAUGAGAUACAAAAGGUUAAAGAACCAGAGGAAGAGCCAGGAAAAGAAGAAACAGGCGAUACAGCAGGUCAAGCGACUGAAGAAUCAGAUUUACCGAGUUUACCACCAAGUCAAGCUGAAGAUGAAAAAAUUGCAAAUGAUGAUGAUCAAGCAGAAGAUUUAACUUCGGAACAAUCAGAAGAGCAGGAAAGUGGAGUAGAUGUUCAGGAAUCCAAAAUGGAACCUGAACCUGAUCAAGAGCCAAAGGAAAAUGAAACUCCAACCCAACAACAACUUCAAGAUGAAUCAGAUAAACAAGAAUCAGAUCAGGAAAAGGAAACCGAGUACAUGGCAGGAGAAAUCAGAGAAGAAAUUGAUCAGGAAGAACGUCGUCAAAAAAAUGAAGGCGACACAGAUACAUCUCCUGAGAUAGACGCUGACAAAGCUCCAAUUGAAGGAGCAGCUAAGGUGGAUAAGCAGAAAAGGAACAAACUGCGUAAACCUUUAAUGUUUGCAGGAUCAGCAUUUCUUGUGUCUCUCAUAGUGUUAGUUAUUAACUUACUUAGAGCAAGAAAAAGAUAAAAUUUGUUUUCCAUUUAUACACUGAUGAUAACCUUGAUGCUGCAUACCGACAAUACUGUCGCCUGCUGACUUCUAAGAGCAUUUUAAUCUGAUUGUAAUUUGCAUUGUUCACGCCUUUAACUCUAAAUUUCAAGAUCACAUAGAUAUCUGGUUCAGACUUCAAGUCAAAAACUAGAAUUAGAACAAUGAGAUUAUUGCCAGUCUGCUAGAAUAAACAUAUAUUCUUGGCAUGGAAGGUGUGAUGGCUAUGCUGAGUCUUUAAAUCUGAGUGCAGGUGCAAAAUUUCCCAAGCUCUGCAAAUUUUAUCUGGCAAAGAAACAUUGGAAUAAAAUUACAAAAGAAAUGGAACAUUUAUUUUUAGAUCAAUUGGAUUUCUUCUCCUGAGAACAAAAUC